AUGAGUGGGAAAAAUGAGAUAAACAUCAGUAACAAGAUGAAGAGACAAGAGCUCUUUGCAGACAUCAAAGAUCAAAAGAAUAAAGAACGUCAUACUAUGAGAAGACAACGUGCUAAAGAAGAAAGAGAAAACCCUGAGUUAAAGGAGAAAAGAUUAAAAGAAAAUGUCACUAGGACGAUAGAUAAUAUGAGAGUAUAUGAUGAAACUAUAGCAAGCAAUAAUACUUCCGGAGGAAAUGCCGACGGUGAUGUUGACGGCGAGGCUGACGUCGAUGAUCAAAAUGAUCUAAUGAAAUAUUUUAAUACAAGUCAUAGAGAUCAUCCUCCAAAGAUUUUUUUAACUACCAAUGUUAACGCUAAGAAAGCUGCAUAUGAAUUUGCUAAUGUAUUAAUUGAAAUAUUACCAAAUGUUCAAUUUGUUAAACGUAAAUUUGGUAUUAAAUUAAAAGAGAUCGCAGAUAUGUGUAAUAAACGUAAUUUCACUGAUAUGGUAAUAAUUAAUGAAGAUAAAAAAAAAGUUACAGGUUUAACAUUCAUGCAUUUACCAGAAGGUCCAACAUUUUAUUUCAAGAUAAGCUCUUAUGUAGAAGUAUUAAAAAUUGCUGGUCAUGGUAGACCAACCAGUCAUAUUCCAGAAUUAGUAUUGAAUAAUUUCCAAACAAAAUUAGGUAAAACCGUUGGCCAAUUGUUUCAAUCUAUAUUCCCUCAAAACCCAGACUUUGAAGGUCGUCAAGUCAUUACAUUGCAUAAUCAAAGAGAUUAUAUUUUCUUUCGUAGGCAUCGUUACGUCUUUAGAGACGAAGAGAAAGUUGGUUUACAGGAAUUAGGCCCACAAUUCACAAUGAAAUUAAAGAGACUGCAGAGAGGUCUCAGAGAGGAGACAGAGUGGGAGCAUACUCCAGAUAUGGACAAAGAAAAGAAGAAGUUCUAUUUGUAG